UUAUGUUCAUCCACUUUUGCUCUAUCUCUCAAUCCAAUUUUUCAAUUUCCAUUUCCACAACCUUAAAAUCUAAAACCUUGAAUCAUUCUCAAACCACCACCGUUAAUUUUCCACUUUUAGUGGAACCAAAAAACCCAAAAAAACAACCAAAAAAAACACACAACAAUUUUUCCCUCCGAAGAUGCAGCACAACAUCCUCACCUCGAUCCGAAGCACGAAAAUCACGGAUGGUUGUAAAAGCAAUCAAAUCUACGCUCUCAACAACUCCGCCGCCGCCAAUUCUCCGAUCAACGCCGUCGUCGGCGGUGGCGAUUCCAUCGGAGAAAAACUCUUCCAUCAUUUACUAGACCGCUCCAAAACCUCCGGUCGAACCAAACCGGUUGGACCCAAAACAGCCACACUGGAAGCUCUUCUUCCUUGUGGCCUUCCUUCGUCGGAGCUUCUAGAACCUUCGAUUGAGCCUUGUUUGAAGCCGUUUGAUUUGGUUCAAACCCUCGCCGGCGUGCGUCGCCGGAUCGAGGGUGAGGGUGGGAAAUUUGAAGCUUUUUUGGAACAGUGUUUGGUUUUUAAGGGGUUUUUUGAUAGUAAAUUGUUCCGACGGAGUUUGCGAUCGGCGCGGCAACAUGCUGUUGAUGUGCAUGUGAAGGUUGUGUUGGCUGCUUGGUUGAGAUAUGAGAGGAGAGAUGAUGAGCUUGUUGGAUCUUCUGCAAUGGAUUGUUGUGGAAGAAAGGUUGAAUGUCCUAAGGCUAGUUUGGUUUCAGGGUAUGAUACUGAACCUGGUUUUGAUUAUUGUUCGUGUUCGCGAAAAAAUAAUAUUAUUGUUGAUAAUGUUGAUGUGGAAUGUGAAUGCUCAACUUCUUAUGAAGAUGGUGAUUGCCAUGAUAUGUCUUUUUGUAUAGGUGAUAGUGAAAUUAGGUGUAGUAGGUAUUUUAUGGCGUCGCUUUCGAGGCCUUUUAUGACAAUGUUGUAUGGUGGAUUUGUUGAGUCUAGGAGGGAGAAGAUAAUUUUUUCUCUUAAUGAUUUUUCUGUUGAGGUGAUGAGGGCGGUUGAGGUUUUUAGUAGAACCAAGAGGUUGAGUCAGUUUGGGAAUGAUCUUGUGCUAGGGAUGCUUUCUUUUGCGAAUAGGUUUUGUUGUACGGAUAUGAAAGCUGCUUGUGAUGCUCAUUUGGCUGCUUUGGUGUUGGAUAUGGAUGAUGCGUUGUUGUUGAUUGAGUACGGAUUGGAGGAGAUGGCGUAUUUGCUAGUGGCAGCUUGCUUGCAGGUGUUUCUUAGAGAGCUCCCUAGCUCGAUGCAACGUUUGAGUGUUAUGAGAUUGUUUUGUAGUGUAGAGGGUAGAGAUAGAUUGGCAGCAGUAGGGCAUGUGUCAUUUUCGUUGUAUUGUUUUUUGAGUCAGGUUGCGAUGGAGGAAGAUAUGAAAUCUAACAUGACAGUGAUGCUCUUAGAGAGGUUAGGAGAAUGUGCGGAGAAUGGUUGGCAGAAGCAACUUGCAUAUCACCAAUUAGGUGUUGUGAUGUUUGAGAGAAAAGAAUACAAAGAUGCACAAAAUUGGUUUGAGGCUGCUCUUAAGGAAGGACAUAUUUAUUCUUCAGUGGGUGUUGCGAGGGCCAAAUAUAAGCGUGGUCACACAUAUUCAUCAUACAAGAUGAUAAACUCCCUUAUUUCUGAUCUUAAACCUGUUGGUUGGAUGUAUCAGGAAAGGUCUUUGUAUUGCAUCGGGAAGGAAAAAGCAAUGGAUUUGAUCUCUGCAACUGAGUUAGACCCAACUCUUUCUUUUCCAUAUAAACACCGGGCUGUUUUUUUCUUGGAGGAGAAUAAGAUUGGAGCUGCCAUUUCUGAAAUCAAUAAAAUAAUUGGUUUCAAGAUUUCUCCUGAUUGCCUUGAAUUGAGAGCUUGGUUCUUGAUUGCCAUGAAGGAUUAUGAACGGGCCCUUAGGGAUGUCAGGGCAAUUUUGACAUUGGAUCCAAAUUAUAUGAUGUUCUACGGGAAUAUGAAAGGCGAUCGCUUGGUAGAACUCCUUCGCCCUGUUGCUCAGAAGUGGAACCAGGCUGAUUGUUGGAUGCAACUGUAUGACAGAUGGUCUUCCGUUGACGAUAUUGGUUCUUUGGCUGUUGUUCACCAGAUGUUAGAAAAUAACCCGGGGAAAAGUAUUUUACGCUUUCGGCAAUCUUUACUUCUGUUACGGUUAAAUUCUCAAAAGGCAGCCAUGCGUAGUUUGCGUCUGGCCAGAAAUCAUUCUUCUUCAGCACAUGAAAGACUUGUCUAUGAAGGAUGGAUAUUGUAUGACACUGGUCAUCGUGAAGAAGCUAUAGCAAAGGCUGAGGAGUCGAUUUCUAUUCAAAGGUCAUUUGAAGCUUUCUUUCUCAAAGCCUAUGCAUUAGCUGACUCGUGUAUUGAUUCAGAGUCUUCAAAGAGUGUGAUUGAUCUCUUGGAGGAAGCUCUUAAAUGUCCUUCGGAUGGUCUUCGGAAGGGACAGGCACUCAAUAAUUUAGGGAGUAUAUAUGUAGAUUGCGAUCAGCUAGACCUUGCUGCUGACUGCUACAAGCAUGCACUUAACAUCAAGCAUACACGAGCACAUCAGGGGUUGGCACGUGUAUAUCAUCUUCAACGUCAGCCCAAAGCGGCAUAUGAUGAGAUGUCAAAGCUGAUAGAAAAGGCCCAAAAUAAUGCAUCAGCUUAUGAGAAACGUUCAGAAUAUUGCGAUCGUGAGCUGGCAAAGAACGAUCUUAGUUUGGCAACACAGUUGGAUCCUCUAAGGACAUAUCCGUACAGAUAUAGGGCGGCAGUGUUAAUGGACGAUCAUAAGGAAACUGAAGCAAUUGCAGAGCUUUCAAGGGCCAUCAACUUUAAGCCAGAACUGCAGCUGUUACAUCUUCGAGCGGCAUUUUAUGAAUCAAUGGAUGAUUACGUUUCUACUGUCCAAGACUGUGAAGCAGCCCUUUGUCUUGAUCCUAGCCAUGCUGAGGUGUUAGAAAUUUGUAAUAGAGCCCGGCAAAAAAUUAUUGAUGGAAAGUGAGAGAAUCAGAAGUCAACAAUCAUGUUUUCUGUGUUCCUUUUGGGGACCGAUUAAAUCAUGCAAACCAAUACUUCUUCACGCCUAAUGACCCGUUGGUGCUUGCUGUCACGAGGAAAGGUGUUGUCUGUAUCUUUUACACUGACCUUCAGGAUGUUGAAUCACAGGAGGGAAAAGGUGAGUUAGAAUGAUAAUCUGGAUCGAAACUAAUGAAGUAGAAGAGUAGAGUAGCUUGUAAAUAUAUGUAAUGGAUUAUGGUUCUGUCAGCUUAUGGCGUAAGUAGUGCAGUGCAGUGCUGAUGCUACUGGUAUUCUCCAAUCUGCCAUGGCAGUAAGAAUGGUGACAAAGUUACCACAGUUUUAGAGUAAACUUGUACAUGAUAGUCAAUUUGUUGUGCAACAGUUUUAGAUAUUUACAAAUAUAUUAUUGGUCAAGCAAUUGCCAAUGUAAGUUGUGUUGUAAUAUUUUCACUCUCAAUUUGUUGUAUAAAUACACAAUUUUUCCUUUCAAUCGCCAAUGUACAUUCGACGAUUUCUCCAAA